AUGGGAUGUUACAUUGAGGAUGCACGUAGGAUGUUUGACGAAAUGCCGGAUAGAGACUUGGCUUUAUGGUUUGCCUUAAUAUGUGGGAACAUGUGGAAUGAUGAGUGGCUUGAAGCGCUUCUGCUGUUCGGAAAGAUGAGAGAACAAGGUCUGGUGCCUGAUUCGGUGAUUGUAGCAUCUGUCUUACCAGUGUGUGGACGAUUGGAGGCUGUGAAAUUGGGGAUGGCAUUGCAAGGGUAUGCUGUGAGGAGUGGCUUUGAGAGUGAUUUGUAUUUCUCCUUCGCAAUGAUAGACAUGUAUUGUAAAUGUGGUGAUCCAUUUGAUGCCCAUCGGGUGUUUAGUCGCAUGGUUUAUAAAGAUGUAGUUUCUUGGAGUACCUUGAUUGUUGGCUACUCACAGAACCGCCUAUACCAAGAAAGUUAUGAGUUGUAUAUUGGAAUGGUAAAUGUGGGUUUAGCAACAAAUGCAAUCGUUGUUGCAAGUGUUCUUCCUACUUUGGGAAAACUCAAGUUGUUGAAACAAAGGAAGGAUAUGCAUAACUUUGUUCUUAAAGAAGGACUCAUGCCUAAUGUUGUUGUAGGAAGUGCAUUGAUUGAUAUGUAUGCUAAUUGUGGGUCAAUCAAGGAAGUAGAGUCAAUAUUUGAGUGCAUGUCAGAUAAGGAUAUCAUGGUGUGGAAUUCAGUGAUAAUAAGUGGAGCUCAUGGCCUAGGUGAAAAGGGUUUGGCAUUUUAUGAGCAAAUGGAGAAGGAUGGAAUUAGACCAAACAAAGUCACUUUUAUUUCACUGUUAUCUGCAUAUAUGGAACACUACUUAUGCAUGGUGGAUCUCAUUGGUACAACAGGAGAUCUCGAUGGUGCAUACAAGUUCAUCACAAGGAUGCAUAUGACACCAGAUGCCAAUGUCUUGGGGAGCUUACUAGGUGCUUGUCGACUUCACAACAAAGUGAAAUUGGCUUAG